AUGAUCGAGCCUUCGAAGAGCAGCAACCAGCCCGCAGUUGGGAUAUCAGGUCGUAAAAUAGUCUACGACGAAGAUGGGAAACCAUGCCGAUCGUGUAACACCUUGUUGGACUUUCAGCUGGCCACAGGAAAAGUUAGCAGUGCUUCGAGUUUGCCUACAACAAAGAAAUCAGAUUCUAACACAGCCUCAUAUGCCAAAGUUGAUCCACCAGACGUAGAACAAUUGGGGCGCUCAAGUUGGAACUUGUUACAUUCUAUAGCUGCUAGUUACCCAAAGAUUCCUACUACGACGCAAAAGGGUGAGAUGAAACAAUUUAUGACUAUAUUCUCCCACGUAUACCCGUGUACGUGGUGCGCCAAAGAUUUUGAAAAGUUCGUUCACGACAACGCCCCAAGGGUAGACUCUCGAGAGGAACUCAGCAAGUGGAUGUGCGAAGCCCAUAAUGAUGUUAACCGCAAGCUCGGGAAGCAGACUUUUGAUUGUAACCUAUGGGAAAAGCGGUGGAAAGAUGGUUGGGAUUGA